GAAGGUGCAACGGAAUGCAUUGAGAAGGUGCAGCAGAGAGCAGGAGUCAGGUUCCUAAAAAGGCUAAAUUCUACAAAUAUGUUUUGAGCUUCUUCUUUUUUAAAGGACUUCUAUCGAGCAGACUUCCCUGAUGUCUGUAUUUUGUUCCAUAGCUUUGGAGCAUUUAUAAACGAAGCAGCAUUACCAAUCUUCUAAUGUACUUAGUUACAUUCGACCAUUGUUGUCAAGUGAUGGUUCUCGUAUUUUUUUGUGAUCAGAAGCGGCUGUGGGAGUGAUUGUGUGAGAAUCUUUCAAAACACGGUGGAGCAGUGUUACAGUUUGAGCUCUCAGGUGUCAGACGUUCGAGACACUGCACGCCCGCAGGUAGUAGGACAACAGCCGAGGCAGUUGAAUUAGCACACUACACUCACUCUUUAUCUUUAUCAUUUGGAGGAAAUAUUUGUUCUGGACUUAAGCUAACGACUUGACGUUAGCAAAUGUUGCGGUAAGCUAGGUUUAUAUUUUCAAAAAGUGAUUUUAAUAGGACAGGCGUUGUUUUUGGACAUUUUUUCAAAUCCUCGUAAGCGGAAGCGAUUCUCUACUCAAACAAAUACAACAUACCACUUUAAGACAUUAAAUUUGUUCUAGCCGAGCCCAGUUUUUCCGUCUAACACAGGUAGUGUGGUGGAGACGCACAGCGCACUCCCUUCACCCUGUCCACGAGACCCCCUGGUCUGUCCUGACUUGCACAUGGAUAUGCAGGGCUAUAAGUGGGUGCGCUGGCGGGUGUGGUUGUGUCGUGUGGCCGCCUUGCUGUCCUUGGGUUUCCUCCUGAUUGUAUUUCACUGGCGCCCGAGACUUGCUGUCCUCGCCCGCUGCUGCACCUGCCCCCUGGCUUUGGCAGAUAUUCUGAUCAUCAAAGAUACCUUUGGCCGGCAGCAUGUGGUACAGGUGCUAACAGAAGAGAUGGAGGAAGGCAGUUUGGAAUCGUUUGCUGGGCUUGAGGAAAAUGAAUCGAGAGAUACAGUUCAGCUGCAAAAGGAGGAGAAAACGCUGCUGCGCUACUACCUGCUCGAAGGACUGCGCAACAUCUGGCUGGACAGUAGAAGAGCUUUUUGUCUUGUCAGUGUCCUCAAUGAGGACUGGACCUGCAAAGACCUGUAUGGCUUCCAAACGGGCCUGAGUCCCCUGGAGCAGAGCUCAAGGGGACGCAUGUAUGGGCCCAACCUUAUCGAUGUGCCUGUGAAGCCCUACCUGAAACUGCUGUUUGAGGAGGUCCUCAACCCAUUCUAUGUGUUCCAAGUUUUCAGCAUCAUACUAUGGAUAACCGAUCACUAUUAUUAUUACGCCACGUGUAUAUUUGUUAUCUCCAUUUUCUCCAUCGUUAUCUCACUUUGUGAGAUCCGCAAGCAAAGCAUCACUCUUCACAACAUGGCCCGUUUAGUCACAACUGUGACUGUAAGGAGAAGCUCAGGAGAGGAGGUGUGUGUAAGCUCAGAGGAGCUGGUCCCUGGCGACUGUCUCAUCAUCCCUCAGGAAGGCCUGCUGCUGCCCUGUGAUGCUGCCCUGCUGGCUGGGGAGUGUCUGGUCAACGAGAGCAUGCUUACAGGCGAAAGUGUCCCAGUCCUGAAAACCCCGCUGCCAGCAGGUGAGGGCAGGUUCAGCACAGAAACUGAGCGCAGGCACACCCUCUUCAGUGGUACGCAGCUCAUUCAAGCCAAAGGUGGGGGGCCUGGGGGCGGCGGUGCUGUUGCCGUGGUCACAAGCACCGGGUUUUUCACAGCCAAAGGUUACCUGGUCAGCUCCAUUAUGUUUCCUCAGCCAAUAGACUUCCGCUUCUACCAAGAAUCCACCAAGUUCCUGCUCAUCCUGGGUGUUUUUGCUCUUCUAGGCACCAUAUACAGCUUUGUGGUCCUCUUCAAAACAAAUUCGACCUUGAUGGAGCUGCUCAUUAGGUGCCUGGAUGUUGUGACCAUCGCAGUGCCUCCUGCUCUGCCUGCUGCCAUCACCACCGGCACAAUUUACGCCCAGAACAGACUGAAGAAACAGGGCAUCUUCUGCAUCAGCCCACCCCGCAUCAACAUUUGCGGCAAGGUCUCCCUCUUCUGCUUUGACAAGACAGGAACUCUUACGGAGGAGGGUCUGGAUGUGUGGGGAGUGAUAGAGGGAGGAGCUGCUGGUUUCUCAGAGCUGGUCCCAGAACCUAGACUCCUGCCGCCGGGGCUCAUGCUCUCGGGCCUGGCAUGCUGUCACACUGUGACACUCCUGAGGGGAGAGCCACUCGGAGACCCCCUGGAGCUGAAGAUGAUUGAGUCUACUGGUUGGACCCUUCAGGAGCCGGAGGGAGACAGGAAUCCACUGGAUGCAGAGUUUGGGGGCCACAGAGUUUUGGCUGUUUUGAGACCUCCACAACAGCUCCAAGCUCAAGCAACAUCCGGUAAAGCGGUGGCCAUCGUGCAGAGGUUUCCCUUCUCCUCUGCCCUGCAGAGGAUGAGCGUGGUGACGGUGGACAGCGGCGGACACUCUGCUCUCGCUUUCAUCAAAGGAUCCCCAGAGAUGGUGGCUAGCCUUUGUCGAGCAGAAACUGUGCCGGCGCAAUUCUCCAACAAGCUGCGCAGCUUCUCCACUGAAGGCCUCAGGGUUCUUGCCCUGGCCUAUAAACCAGUAGACGUGAACACUGACUUCAGCAAGAUUGAAAGAGCAGAGGUCGAGAAAGACAUGCAGUUCCUCGGCCUGCUGAUGAUGAAGAAUCUGGUUAAGCCAGAAAGUGCCACGGUUAUUAACAUGCUGGCGCUGGCACAGAUCCCAAGCGUCAUGGUCACUGGGGACAACCUUUUAACAGCUGUCAAUGUAGCAAAAAGCUGUGGGAUGGUAGGAUUUGACCAUAAGGUGAUAUUCGUGAAUGCAACCCCCCACACUGCCCAGUCCAUGCCCACCCUGAAGUUCAGCCUGGAGGACGGAGGGGCCCAAAGCUCGGCAGAGAUCAUCAAUCAGGGCCUAUACCAGAGUGGUUUUAGCUAUCACUUUGCUAUUAAUGGCAAGUCCUUUGCUGCCCUCUGUGAUCACUUCCCAGAGUAUUUGCCAAAGGUUUUGCUGCGUGCCACAGUUUUUGCACGCAUGGCUCCCGACCAGAAAACCCAGCUGGUGAAAGAGCUGCAGAAAAUCAACCACCGGGUAGGCAUGUGUGGGGACGGGGCCAAUGACUGCGGGGCCCUGAGAGCUGCUGACGUUGGGGUUUCCCUGUCGGAAGCUGAGGCUUCAGUGGCGUCACCUUUUACUUCCAAGACCUCGAACAUCAGCUGUGUGCCGCAGCUCAUCAGAGAGGGCCGAUGUUCUCUCGUCACCUCCUUCAGUCUGUUCAGAUACAUGGCUCUGUACAGCCUCGUCCAGUUCUGCACCGUCCUCAUACUCUACACAGAGAAGACCAACCUUUCCGACUGGCAGUUCCUGUUCUUUGACAUGUUUGUGGUGACUGCCCUGGCCAUCUUUAUGGGGAACGGGGACCCGUCUACGGAGCUGCAGGCCUGCAGACCCUCAGCCAGUCUGCUGACCCUGCCUAUCCUAGGCAGCCUCUUCAUCCACACCUGCAUGAUCAUUCUGGGCCAGCUGGCUGCACUCUUCAUCACCACCACACAGGACUGGUACGUUCCACUCAAUUCAACAGUGACCGGAGCAGGAAAUCUUCCCAACAUGGAGAACACCAGUGUGUUUGCCUUGUCAGGUUUCCAGUACAUCCUCAUGGCUGUGGUGGUCACCAAGGGCUACCCUCACAAGAAGCCUAUCUACUGCAAUAGGAUUUUCCUCUGUCUACUGUUGGUACUGUUCACCCUGAUGACCUGGUUGGUGUUGUAUCCCGGAGCUUUCGUGUGUGGAAUACUUCAACUAUACGACUUCCUUGACAUGAAUUUUAAAAUGCUGCUCGUCGCCGUGGCUGCACUCAACUUCCUCAUUUGUUUUUUUGUGGAGGUGCUGAUAGACCUAGGAAUCCUGAACUGUCUCCAGUCGCUGCGGGGGACGCAUGAGUCCAAGAAACAGUACAAACGCCUGAAGCUGCUUCUGUCUGAAUCCCCAUCAUGGCCGCCCCUCAAUCAAUCUCUGUCCCCCACAGAUAACACAGUCAUUGACUUUAGCUGACAUCCGCAUUACCUUCAACCAGUCACCAAAGCCAAAAAGUGCAUCUUGUUUAACAAUACAAACUCUGUUAUUAAAACAUUUUUAUUUAUCAAACAUAAUUAUUUUUUCAGUAUGGUUUUAAUAUUGUGGCCCUGGGGUUAAAGAUCCAUAUUGCCCUGGUGGGUUUGCAUGUUUUUAGCUAAUUAAAGGUCAGCCAAAUGCAGAAAAAAAGGUUGUGGGCCUUAAGGUUUUGAGAUGUAUUACCUCCUCUUCAAUACAGAAGAGUUAAAUGGAAUUAUAUUCAUAGCGCUCAAUGCUUUGAAAAUACACAUUUAAAAUUUCCAACAGCAACACCUAACAAUACUUUGUUACUUCAGAUUAUCCAAAACACUGACUGUGGUCACUGUUAAUGUUCCUAUUGAGUUCAAAUGCACAUAUGAGCCCUUGGACUAAAGCAACUCCCUGCAAAUUAAAUAUGAAGCAAUGAACAUGCCAGACAAAAUAAAAGUAUUUUUUGCAAAUCAUUUUAUUAAAUCAUUAUUUACAGGCAGUUUGUGUUCUCACUCAGCUAAACCCAUCGGUCUCCUGUUCUGCUGCUUUACUUCCUGAACUAAAAUCUCUAACCAGUAUCGUGAAUUCUCCCUCGGAUAUCUUCAGGUGAACUACAGCAAUGAAAAUCAACCACCAGGAAGUAAAGGUGUGAUACAGGAGGCACAAGCUGAAUUCAACCAUUAAAAUAAACUUUGUAUUUAUGAUGUGCACCACUGAA